AAAAACAAAAAUGGAAGCGUGGCCAAUGAAUACAUGAUUUUCCAAGCCUUUUCUUUUCUUCUCUGCUGUCAUCUGUGUGUAUAGUUCUCAUCGAUAUCGUCGUCGUCGUCGUUGACGCUGCUGUCAGCCAUGUCCGCCUCCUCCGCCUCUUCUCGCAAGACAUUAAGCAAGAUAGCAUGCAAUCGACUCCAGAAAGAGUUGGCGGAGUGGCAAGUCAAUCCCCCUGCUGGUUUCAAACAUAAAGUUACUGAUAAUCUUCAAAGGUGGGUAAUUGAAGUGAAUGGGGCUCCUGGAACUCUCUAUGCGGAUGAAACCUAUAAUCUUCAAGUUGAUUUUCCAGAACAUUAUCCCAUGGAAGCUCCGCAGGUGAUUUUUGUGCCACCGGCUCCGUUACACCCUCAUAUCUAUAGCAACGGGCACAUUUGCUUAGAUAUUCUCUAUGAUUCAUGGUCUCCUGCCAUGACAGUCAGUUCUGUAUGCAUCAGCAUUCUCUCCAUGUUGUCAAGUUCAACCGUGAAGCAACGCCCUGAAGAUAAUGACCGCUAUGUGAAGAACUGCAGAAAUGGCAGAUCUCCCAAGGAAACCAGGUGGUGGUUCCAUGAUGAUAAGGUGUGAAGGGUGUCCUUCUGACCCUAAAGGCAACAUUGUUGCUUUGGCUUAUUUUACAUCAAAUGCUAAUGGAAAAACAAUUCUACAUAUGCAUGGCCACUGCUAGCGCAUAAUGUGCAGCAAGUUGGCCUUUACUGUCCAAUAUUUGUAAAUGGAGAUGAUUUUCCUUUUGAGCUUCUUGUGCAACAUUAUGUACUCUUAUGAAAAUACACAACAACCUAAUUGAUAGCUCAUGAAGAGUUUUCUUCUGGCGUCUAAAUGACGAGUUUGUAUUUA